AGCAUAAACCUGGUGGUGAAGUCACAAGAGUUGGCAGUGCUGCUGUGUAACUGUGGCAAGUCCCAACCCCCUCUGUAUCUGUUCCUAUCUGUAAAGGAGGAUAAUGCCCACCUGCCAGCUGAGAGUUGCCAGGCUGAAGCCAGACCAGUGGACAAUGCAAGAGAAGGGCAGGUUUAUUUGGGCUCCAGCAGAAUGCAGGGGAGCAGCCCUGCAAGCUCAGCUGGGAAGAGCUGCCACCAGAGGCUGCACUUGCAUCGCAUUCAGACUGACCUGGCCAGCAGCAGCUCAGUCCCCAAAGGGAGCCAGACUCUUUGCCCCAGAGAGGCUCCUUCAACCCAAGGAGCCCAGUUUGUGCUGGGGACUUUUUGAACCCAUACAAAUAAGCUCGGAUUGGGUGGAGAUCAUCGAGCCCCGCUCUCGGGAGCGAAUGUAUGUCAACCUGGCCACCGGUGAGUGUGGCUGGGAGCCACCUCCCAACCUGAGAGUUCGCCAGUCGGACCAGAAGCAGUGGUGGGAGCUGUUUGACCAGAACAACAACCGCUUCUAUUACUACAACGCCAUCACCCAGCAAACCAUAUGGCACCGGCCACAGGGCUGUGACAUUGUGCCGCUGGCACAGCUCCAGGCCAUGAAACGCAGGUCCCAGUCUGGCUGCAGGGGGCCUCAGCACACAGACAGUGCAAGCAGUGAUGGGAGAAACAGCCCGGUCCAAACGGCCCUGCUGCAGGAGGUGGAGAAGAGCACGGGGCAGAGCAGUGCAGAGAAGAGGCCAGACCCUGGAAGGGACACUCCUACCCGCUGGCAGCCUUUGCCAGGCACUAAAGCGGCCAUGCUGGUUAAAGUUAACAGUUUAAGACAAGUGCAGGAUUCAUCGAACAGUUCACUGCAGCCACAGACUACUGCAGAAGCCAACAGCCAGAAAUCUGUGCUUCCAAAUCCAGUCCCAUAUGCCCAGCCUCAGUCCACAGCCCAGACCCCAGCUGCUGCAAAGCCAGCCUCUCCAGUGGAAACCAAACCGUCUAUGCAGAUUAAAAAGACAGAGAAUGGUGGGUUUUGUUUAGUGCUAAGGAAUGGCCCUCCUUGUCACAUUCCGCCAAGGAGCGAAACAGGGACACCACAGCCUGCAUCUCCCAAAUAUGCCUCUCCAGCACCUAUAUAUGAUGAGCCAUCAUUAGAUUCCCCAAUUUACGAUGAACCUCCUGUAGAUAUGGACACCGAGAGUGUAAAUGCGAAUGGGACGUCUCCACAAAUAUCUCCAAGCAACAGCUUAAAAAAGCAGCACCAGCCAACCAAAUUAUUGCAGCACCCAAGUAUGCAACAGCAACAAGCUGGAAAAAACCAUGUGCGAAACCCUUCCACCACAGAAUACAGCCCUGCUGGAAGGGAAUAUAUUAAACACAUGGUCAAUGUUGACCAGUCAUCCAAACCUCUUCACUGCCCUGGGGUGGUAGCUGAUAGCCCUGCUAAACCACAGCCUGGUCUGCUUUCUUCAAAGGACAGCUUCAAGCAGUCCUGGAGGGUCUUGGAAGCCAAUGUUCUCAAGAAUAUGGAGGCUCACCACAGUCAACAGAACAGCCCACAAGCUCAAGAGUACCCUACUGUUAUAAGUCAACAGGAUUCUGGCUACUCAACAGGCCCUUCUCCGAGCUUACGAAAGAGGAAAGGAAGGAGACAAAUGGCAGGUCAGGGAAGACCUGGCUCAGUGGGCAGCAGCAGUGAACUCAGUGCUUUGAACGAUAAGUUGAUUGCGGAGAUGCGUGCCGUGGUGGGGAAAUCAGCAGCCUUCAGGGGAAGCAAAGCAAGCCUAGAUGCCGACAUGCUGGAAAACGCCACCUCAACAGGGAGCAGUAAAGUUAGGUUUCAGUCAGACCAUUUGAAGAAAGGUGUCAUCCAGCGCUCAAGGGACGACGUGACCUCUAGUAACAGGUCCUUGUACAGACAGGGACUGGAGAGGAGCGGGAGCUUCUCUAAUGACCCAGCUACGCAACAGGACGUAGUGAGGUCCAAGAGGACCUAUGAGAAAAUGGACUCUUUAGAGAAGAAUGUGACGAGUCAGACAAGUUUGGCUUCAUCAGAUGCAGCACGAACAUCCUCUCAGCCUGGAACCAUAGAGUCAGACUCCAAGCAGGAGAAUAGCGUGCAACCUGCCAUCAGCAUGGGGUAUCAGUUUCCCUACAGCACGUUACGGAAGCCCAUCUCUCAACUCAGCAUGGCAGACUGGGCUUCCAAAAACCUGAACAUGCACACUCAGGGCAUCUUCCGCCGAAGGAUCUCCAUCUCCAACAUGCUCUCUUGGAACAGAGGCGCCAUCAAAAAGCCAAUGCUCAUCACGAGCAACCACACCAUUAAAAAGGAAGCAUGUGAAAUGUUUAAACUGGUGCAGAUCUACAUGGGUGACCGCCAGGCCCGCAUGGACCGAAAUCAUGUGGCUUUGGUCACAGUUACCAAGUGCUGGAGCAUACAGGGUUUACGGGAUGAACUGUACAUACAGCUGAUCAGGCAGACUACGGACAAUAUGUGUUACCGAAGUCUGGCGUGGGGCUGGGAACUCAUGGCCAUCAGUCUGGCCUUUUUUUCCCCAUCACCCAAGUUUCAGUCUUACCUGGAAGGUUACAUCUACCGCCAUCUUGACCUGGUCAAUGAUGAAAAGAUUGCCCAGCGCAUUAAGGAACUUCUGGAUCUGAAAAACAAGAAGAACUCCAAAUCCAGGAAGAAGAGGAAGCAAAACACUGAGGAAGAAGGUUUGGCCAUCAGCACGUAUGCCAGGUUCUGUUACCGGAAGCUGCAGAAGGUGGCGGUUACUGGGGGCAAGAAGGGCCUCCGUAAACCAACGACAGAGGAGAUAACACACGCCAGAAAUGCCAUUGUGACACCAUCGCUGUUUGGCAGCUCUCUGGAGGAAAUCAUGUCACGGCAGCAGAACAUGUAUCCGGGGAACAAGCUGCCUUGGGUACAGAUACAGCUGUCUCAGCAAGUCCUGGCCCUGGGGGGAGAACAGACUGAAGGAAUAUUCAGAGUACCUGGUGACAUUGAUGAAGUCAACGCAUUGAAACUGCAGGUGGAUCAGUGGAGGAUCCCCAACAACCUCAGUGAUCCCAAUAUACCAGCCUCCCUGCUCAAGCUGUGGUACCGGGAGCUGGAGGAGCCCGUCAUCCCCCAGCAGUUCUACAAAGAGUGCAUCAGCAACUACGAGAACCCCGCCGCCGCCGUGGCUGUGGUGCAGCUUCUGCCAGAGCUCAACCGACUGGUCCUGUGUUACCUCAUCCACUUCCUGCAGAUCUUUGCUCAACCGUCUAAUGUGGGCAAGACGAAGAUGGAUGUGAAUAACCUGGCCAUGGUGAUGGCCCCAAACUGCCUGCGCUGUCAGUCCGACGACCCCCGGGUCAUCUUCGAGAACACCCGCAAGGAGAUGUCCUUCCUGCGCAUGCUCAUUGUGCACUUGGACACUAGCUUCAUCAGAGGGGUUGUGUGAGGGUCUGGCCUCCUAGGGCUGCGGGGAGGAGAGCACGAGGGCUGGUCCCCCCAAGGACUUGUCACCAGAGACAGCACGAGGGUGCAGAAUGCCCGCUCCAGGCUCUGGUUCCCGGCUCUAGGAUUUCUACCAUCGUGCCUGUUGUCGCAUCAGCAUCAGUGUAAACGGGGGGAGCGUGGGAGGGCUCAGGGCUCGCAGGCAGAGUGGCUGGCCAGUGCUAGGGAGUCUGGAGUGUGGUGCUGGCUCUGUCGGGCCAUGCUUAGUGCUGUCACCCAGGGGCUCCUAUGUCACUGGGAGUGGGGAAGCUGCUGCACCAGCCACUUCAAAUCAGGGUUGCAAGCUGGAGCAGAGGCUUCCGCCAGGGAACUGGUUAGGACUGUGGGUCUGACACCCUUAUUGAUGUGCCUUAGUGCGAAGGAUGGGUGACUGGGGCUCAGGAGACAUGGUCAGGGCGGGGCUCUCAUGUCCCUUCCCUUCUCGCCUCUGCCAUAAGGAGGCAAUAAGGGCUGUUUCCAUUGCAGGAACACCCCAGGUAACCCACGGUCUGCUUCCCCUCUGCCUGGCAGCGUCUGCAGAGACACCUGGCCCCCUAGGGCUGUUUCGUGCUGACUUAAUCCUGCUUGAACAGCCAGGAGAGACUCCCCAAGUAUGGGGAACUCCCUGGGGUCAUAGGACCACCCCUUCUCAAUCUCCUGGGAUGAGGUGAAAGAUGUCAGGGGUCUUCUGUGUUUGGCCAGUCCCCCCAGAAUGGCCAUGGAGGUCUUUGGCGCUGGUAUAUGACAAGCAGCAGCUCACUGGCCUGUGUGUCAGAGAACUAGAAAGGUGGCGGAUUGCCACCCUGGACUUGCACCACGCGCCACUCCUCCAGGCUGGAAGACCGACGCGCUCUCUAGUGGGUGGGGAGGACGCUUACUGGUAACAAGCGAUCGCUAGGGUUGUCCUAGGAGGCGUGAGAGGGCUUGCUACACCAAGCCCUAUGCUCUGUCUGCCAUGGCCCUGAGCCAGGAGUUACCCCUGCAUUCUGCCCACUGCGUCCCCAUUACCGCCAAGGCAGCGUGCUGCGUAAGCUGUUAAACCAGAAAAGCAAGCCAGAGCACCUGGUGUGUUUCAGAGCCUUGCCAGUGAGGAGGCUGGCUGGCUGGGGUGGUCU